CCCCAAUGCUUUGUGCGGGUCGGACUGGGGCAGCGGCAGCAGGUGUUUUGUAGCGCCGAACUUACCCGCGGCUUUCUCUCGCCUUCCAACCGGGCGCCUUCAGUCUCUCGCUCUCUCGUGCCCCCGGUGCAAGUCAUACCCUUGAGCCCGCGCUUUGCACGCAGACCCAAAGGACGCUUGGCCAGCCUCUUUGUUAAGACUUCAUGUCUGUAUUUUUCCCCAUUCACUGCCCUGGUUAUUUGAGAUCAGCUGACAUGACUGAGGUGAUGAGCGCUCCAUCUAUGGAGGAGAUCGGUCUAAGCCCUCGCAAAGAUGGCCUAUCCUAUCAGAUUUUCCCUGACCCUUCUGACUUUGAUCGCUACUGUAAGCUGAAGGACCGCCUACCUUCCAUUGUGGUAGAGCCAACAGAAGGAGAUGUGGAGAGUGGAGAGCUAAGAUGGCCACCUGAGGAGUUCCUGGUCCAGGAAGAAGAAGAAGAAAGCUGUGAUGAAGCAAAGAAAGAGAGCAAGGAGCAAUAAAUGGCACUGGAUCUUUUGUACUGAUUCAAAUGCUGUGUCAUCUUGACGGGGAGAAUCACAACCGUUCUGAAGAGUCUUUUUCGACAAAAGACAUUCAAUUUUGCACCUGCAAGAUCUUAGUUUUUGUUUUUUUUCAUAUCUCUAUUGAGAACUGAAGUGCUUGAUGUGACAAUCUCCAGCUGAAAUUAAGGAAGAAAGUUGAGCAGGGGUGAAAAAUGGUUGCUCUUCUUAAGAGUCACUGUUGAAUUUUGUUGAGGGCUAUGAGAGUACAGCAGUGAAAUAGCAUGGUGCUUUAGUGGAGGAUUAGCCAGGUGGGAGACCAUGUUAUUUAUAUGUGAGGCAGAAGAAGUAAAAGCCCAAGUGUGAAAUGGAGCUGCAUUUCUGAAAGGAAUUGCCUCUGGCUACAGAACCCAUGAGAAUAGUAUUCAUCUCUAAAGCUUGCCUUCAAGUAGUGCUUCUGUUUUUGCGUGUGUGUGUUUGGGGGUUGGGAGAUGGGCAGUAUGAUAAAAUGCCACCUAGAUGCUCCAGUGAUAUUACACCAUCAGGCAUGUCUGCCUGUUGAACAGCAUAGAGGAGCAGUGGUGGAAUAACUUCUCCUCCCAAAGUCACAUAAUCACUGUAGGAAUUGUGGUGCCGGGCACUGACUUGCCAGCCUGUUAGAAAAAAGCAGUCUUCUCCCUACUGUCACCCCAAUCCUUUUUCUUCAAGAACACAUUUAAACCUUGCAAAACUGAGUGACUUUGGAUGGUCCAGCACCAACUUUAAAAUGGCCCUUGCCAUUCUCCAGGAGUCUUGUUAGUAUGGCACAAGGUAACCAGCCAGUUGCAAAGGCAUAACAAAUAAAGUGUAGAUCUUGCCAUAAAAAUGACUUAAAAGUAUAUGUUUCUUUGCCACUGUAACUUCUAUCAACUCUCCAGGGCAAUAAGUUGCAGAGGGACAGCAGUUUUUUCAAUGGCUGUCUGGUUUGAUUAUGUGGCAAAUGCUAGAUUAAGGGCUCACUUUAUGGGAGCCUUCCAGGCCAUCUAAUAAGGGUCCAGAAAUGGCUUUGGGGCUUCUGUGAAAGCAGGAUGACAAAAGUGAUAAUUGAAGGAAAGCAGGUCUUCUCUUUCGAAACAGUAAACAAGUAUUAUGGUCUCAGUGUUGUGGAGAAAGUGACAUGCUUUUUCAAUGUACCUGUGGAAUUUCUUCACGAUCUAAAUUCUCAAUAAUAAUUUUCACUUUUGUUGUCCAUUUCAACUUUUCCUGGAGGAAGAAAAAAGUUCAGGGUAAUUUGUAGCUUUCCAGGAAAGCAUCUCUCUACUUGGAGGAAGAGUUCUGGCUCAGGUGUUACUGGAUUGGCUAGAGCAGGGGUCUGCAACCUGCGGCUCUCCAGAUGUUCAAGGACUACAAAUCCCAUCAGCCCCUGCCAGCAUGGCCAAUUGGGAAUGGGAAUUGUAGUCCAUGAACAUCUGGAGAGCCACAGGUUGCAGACCCCUGGGCUAGAGAAAGGACCAUUCUGAGCAGUGAAAUGCCUCUGGUUUCCAUCAUUUCUGGAAGAACUAAAGCAGAAACCCCACCAGUGAUGCAUAUUUUUCAUGGCCUUAACAGUUCAGUCAAAAUAAUUCCUAGUCUCCCAUGUUCCUUGCUUAUCAGCUAUUGGUUUUUUUUGAGGGGGGGAUAGAAAUCUGUUGGGCCUUUAUGUAUAUAUUUGUAUUUGAUACCUCAUGAGUAGUAAAAACGCUGGCAAUGGGUUAGGGGAUUUGCUUGUUAAAAAUCAGCAGGAUUAUUUUUCAGUCUUGUCUUGCUUGUGUUUUCACCAUAAUGGCAAUAACUUUUUAACAGCUGUGAGUCACUGUUACAUGUGGGUGUGAGGUUGCAGCUUAUUCCUGUCUCAGUUGUUUGUCUCCCCCCUACCUUUGUUAAUAUAGUGUGGGGUGAUAUACUUGGUGUUCUUGCUUUUCUUUUGGCAGCCAAGAACCUGUCACACAUAUGCUACCUGUCUUGGUGGACGGUUUUGUCCUCACUGAAACGUGUCUUGCGCCGUUACCUAGCCAAGGUUGCUUUAAAAUCACUGGAUCCAGAUGUUUUCCAGUCUUAUAUCCUGGACACUUGUUCUUGUCUUGCUGUUCAGUAGAAUGAGCUUUUACACCUGCCCACUACCCUAAAUUUUUCAUUAUUUCCCCCAUCCCCCCCUUUCCAGUUAACUUUAGUUGCUUUUGAAUUUUGUCCCAAGUUUGACAUUGUCAAAUAUUACCCACUUUGAGAAGCAAAAAUCCUGAUGCUUGAGAGUGGAAAUGCUGUCUGUCUUUUAAUAUUUGAAUAUCCUUUUCUGCCUCUCUUUUUGUUGUUGUUGCUUGUAUGUCUGUCUUUGUUUGAAUGUGUCUGAAGAACAAAGCACUCCUGUUUAACUUCUCCUGUUGUAUAUUACAUUCUCCAUUUCUGUAAUUCUUUUUGAGCCUCAGGGAAAAAGCUAGCAUUUUUUUUCAAACUACUUUUGUCACUGUGACAGUUGUAAAUAAAGUUUGAAAAUGCUUUCCAAA